CUUGGUGGCUGUCUGGCCACGGUGUGAUUCGGUGUCCUCCACCAGGGCAGCGCACUCUCCCUCCGGAGCGGCUCCGUCGCCCUUUCUCUCAUCGCGCAGUGUACCUUUAAAAGGUUGAACUCGCCGGUCUGCGAGCACUGAAUUGUUUCCCCACUCGGCUCAGCUGUGCGUAUCCUCCAGCAGUGACAUGGCAUAGAGGCGGUGUGCCGCCCGCAGCAGCAGCAGCAGCAGCAGCAUCCUGCACCAUGGACGCUCUCCGACAGAAGCGGAGCGGAGCCUUCGCCGCGCUGGACGCGAUGCUGCGCGUUUGGAUAUUGCUGACCGCGGUGUCGGGACUGAAGGCGGAGGACGACGGAAUGGAAGAACUUGCCACCGAGAAGGAAGCCGAGGAAAGUCACCGACAGGACAGCGUUAAUUUGCUGACAUUCAUUUUACUGCUGACCUUAACGAUUCUCACCAUAUGGCUCUUCAAGCACAGACGGGUCCGGUUCCUCCACGAAACCGGGCUGGCAAUGAUUUACGGUUUGCUGGUGGGUGUGAUUCUGCGGUACGGCAUCCCUGCCACCAGCUACCACAACAAGACUCCCCCAAGCUGCUCGCUGAAGGAAGGACCUGUCAGCACCCUGCUGCUUAAUGUCAGCGGCAAGUUCUUUGAGUACACCCUCAAAGGGGAGAUCAAUUCCAGAGAGAUCCACAAUGUGGAGCAGAAUGACAUGCUGCGCAAGGUGACCUUUGACCCUGAAGUAUUCUUCAACAUAUUGCUGCCUCCUAUCAUUUUCCAUGCUGGGUACAGUCUGAAGAAGAGGCACUUCUUCAGGAACCUGGGCUCCAUCAUAACUUACGCGUUUCUUGGCACUGCCAUCUCAUGUUUUGUGAUCGGGAAUCUGAUGUACGGUGUGGUCAAACUGAUGCAAGUGGUCGGACAGCUAACGGACAAGUUCUACUACACCGACUGCCUUUUCUUCGGUGCUAUCAUCUCUGCCACAGACCCGGUGACGGUGUUGGCCAUCUUUAAUGAGCUCCAUGCAGAUGGGGAUCUCUACGCUCUGCUGUUUGGAGAAAGUGUUAUGAAUGACGCAGUGGCCAUUGUGCUGUCAUCGUCAAUUGUGGCCUACCAGCCCAGUGGAGCAAACACACACAUGUUUGACGCCUCAGCCUUUUUCAAGUCAGUGGGGGUUUUCCUGGGUAUUUUCAGCGGUUCCUUUGUGAUGGGUGCAGCCACGGGAGUUGUCACCGCUCUCGUCACUAAGUUCACCAAGCUGCACUGCUUCCCGCUGCUGGAGACUGCCCUCUUCUUCCUCAUGUCCUGGAGCACCUUCCUGCUGGCCGAAGCCUGCGGGUUCACAGGCGUCGUGGCUGUGCUGUUCUGUGGCAUCACGCAGGCUCACUACACCUACAACAACCUCUCUGAAGAGUCCACGAAACGCACCAAGCAGCUCUUCGAGGUCCUUCACUUCCUGGCGGAGAAUUUCAUCUUCUCCUACAUGGGUUUGGCUCUGUUCACCUUCCAGAAUCACAUUUUCAGCCCCAUCUUCAUCAUAGGGGCUUUUAUUGCCAUAUUCAUUGGAAGAGCUUUCAACAUUUACCCACUGUCCUUCCUCCUCAACCUCGGCAGAAGGCACAAGAUCAAGGGAAACUUCCAGCAUAUGAUGAUGUUUGCUGGUCUGCGUGGAGCGAUGGCAUUCGCCUUGGCCAUCCGAGACACGGCCACCUACGCCCGCCAGAUGAUGUUCACCACCACGCUGCUCAUUGUCUUCUUCACUGUCUGGGUGUUUGGCGGUGGGACGACACCCAUGCUGUCCUGGCUACACAUCAGAGUUGGCGUGGACCCAGAUCAGGACCUGCAGCCCUGUGGAGACAGCUUCCAGGUCUUACAGGGGGAUGGCACCCAGGCUGAAGGACAAAGUAAAACCAAACAGGAGAGUGCAUGGCUCUUCAGGCUGUGGUACACCUUUGAUCACAAUUACCUUAAGCCCAUUUUGACACACAGCGGUCCGCCUCUCACCUCCACUCUGCCCGCCUACUGUGGACCACUGGCGAGCUGUCUGACCAGCCCCCAGGCGUAUGAGAACCACGAGCAGCUGAGAGACCAUGACUCUGACAUCCUCCGUAAUGACGGCGACCUGAGCUUCAUGUUCGGUGACACUGCCAUCACAGCCAACGGGGCGUCCGGCGCCGGGGGGGAUGCAGCCGGAGGGUCGGGCUGGAGCGCCAAUGGCAAACGGAGCGGCAGCACCUCAGAGGAGGCGCUGGAGCGUGAACUGGACUCCCGUGAGCAGGAGCUGCUGAGCCGUGGCACACGCCUGGUUUUCCCCAUCGAGGAUCACGUCUGACCCUCCCUUCCUUUUGCCUCCCUGACCUGACCCCCAGACCGCCUCGCCCUCAGCUCUUUCCGCAUCCUGCAGGCAGAGCGUCCACCCCUUCGGAGAUAAGACAGAGUGGAGAUAUGGGAGUAGACAAGAGGGGAGGGUUCAGGGCUCCCGGCCCGGGAGCACAGCUCAAGGAGCAUUUCAUCCUCAUUACAGAGCUCGAGACAUGUGUCCUCUAGCACGUCAGGCGAUGAACUCUCCACGCUUUUAUACUGUGAUUCAGUUUUACUAUUUCCUCAUACUGUUGCAUAAACAGGCGGGAAACCUUUAUGCAGGAUGUAAUGACAUGUGAGAUUCAGUCUGCACUUUGGAACAUGUGACAGUAUGUAUGUUCAGCUGGAGUAGAAAAGAAGCAGGAAAAUUAAAAAUUGCCUAGCAGCCCUCUCUGGCAUCAUGUGAUCUGACCAGUUUGUCUUCACAUCACACCAGUGACCACUGAGAAAAAAAAAAGACUUCUUUGUAAUCAUAACUCUAGAUGCUAAAAUGAGUCUCAACAAACUUUAAUCAGGCAUGGAUCAAAAGCAGAGCUCUCUGCUGAAUGUGCAGCAUUCAUCUGAAGACCAGUGUUUGGUAUGUUUGUGAGGCGGCGCUUUGUUUCACACAUACGCAUCUGCGUGGAGGAGACUGUGACUUGUAAAGAGCACAGAGAGGGAGGGUGAAAGAGUCGCCCUCUCAGCCACCACAGCCUGUCAUGGGCGAAGAAACGGGUGAAGAAUGUGAGCAUGUAAAUAGCUACAAUACUGAGCUUUGUUCCUGUUUACUGGGUUUACUGUUUCUUUCAGUGCUUUACAUCAUGUGACUGUUACAAACGGCACCUGUGUAUCUUGUCUUUGAGCCGGUCUGGAUCUUUUUCUGUGCGCUGGGCUGGUUUUUACAACAAUAACAUGAAUGAGGAACGGAAGCGUUUGAUGCUAAUGAUUUUGUUUCUUAUGAUACAAUGCUGAUUUCCCAAAAUGUUUAAACUGACAUGAGAUGUACACUCUAAUACGGCACCACGAAAUAAAGACCAGGCCUUCGUCAUAAUUUGGAAUCCUUUAAAAAAACUUUACAUUUAUCCACUGAUUGUAAAAAUAUUUCAAUCUAUCAGAUGCAGCCAUCUUUGUUGGGCUGCAACUCAGUUAUUUUCGUUAUCAGUUAAUCUACUGAUGAUUUUCUGGAUUAAUUGAUUAGUCAUUUAGUCUAGAAAAUGUCAGAAAACAGUGAAAAAUGUCACAUCAAGUUGAUGCUAGUUUUAUCCAAUCAAUAGUCUGAAAAUACUCAGUUAACUGUCAAGAACAGCAGAGUAGAGCAGAGUAGUUCUUCAGACUUUACUAUUAAUAAGAUUCAGCAGACAACUUUAAACUUAAGUGGCCAAAUUUUGAGAAACUCAGAAUCUCAAAUUAGCAAGACUGAGAAUAAAGCGUGUGGUUGCACACAUCCUCGCAGAGGAUUUGAGGUAGAUGGAUUUUGUAAAACAUGGUGCAGUGUCUUCUGGACAGGAUUGUGAAAAGCAGUAGUGCAACGCUUUGGGAAAUACGAUUCAUACACUUCAAAUAUGCCAGUUGAUAAAUCAGAUACCUCUUACAUAUCUGUCUAUUAAAUAUGAAGCUACAGCCAGCAGCCAGUUAGCUUAGCUUAGCUCAAAGACUUGAAACAGGGGGAAACUGCUAGCCUAGUUCAGACAGACAAAAAAUGUUCAGAGUUAUAAGCCGGACUCUUUCAGACAAGCUACUAUUUGUUGUCUUCGAAAUGAGCCAGGCUAGCUGUUCCUCCUCGUCUCCAGUCUUUGUGCUAAGCUAAGCUAACAGGCUGCUGACUGUAGCUUCUUAUUUAAAGUAGAAGCAUGAGUGUGGUAUCAACCUUUUCAUCUAACUCUCUGUCAGAAAACAAUUCCGCUUAUUUGCCAAAAUGUUGAACCUAUUGUGCAGCUACAAUACUUCACUUAUACAUUUAUUACAAUCGCUGCACACAAAUAAUGAUAAUAAUAGACUUCCCUAAACUUUAAUUGCAAAAAACCUAUUUUGGCAGUGCACCAGCAGUAAUUGGGAACACAUUGUUCUCUUUAACAGUCCAAACAAUAAAAUGCACCUCAUGCAUUUUGUUUUGGCAACACAUUAAUCCAAAUGAUCUCAGAUAAAUUCUUGUGUUUACAGCAGGUGUGACAUCCAGUGUAGCUUAUUGUAUCCUACACAGUAUGACAGCAUUUCUCCAGAUUGACAUGAGAUACCUGCUUUAAGACUCAACUCUGAAAUCCAAAUCCCCAGUACGUGGCAGUGACUUCGGCUCCUGAGUUUCACUUGCUGCAUUAGUCUCUGUUUGGCCGACAUUUUCCACAACAGACCACUGAGCCGUGUUCUUUUCCUACAACUUCAUCUGCAUCACUCCACACGAACUAUAGAAAUGUUUAAUUAUUUACGCUGCAUCAGUUACUCCUUCUAAACUCAUUUUCUCACUGCUUGUACUGAACGUUUGGGAAUUUCUCUCUGCAGCAUGAUUAUAAUGGGAAAUUCAUGGUCAUUUGCAUAUUUUUCCCCUCUCAAGAUGAUAUAUUUUGCUCUCUUCCAAUAAAUGUAAAUAGUAGCGUAUCAACUUUCAGACCUUUCUGGGCCUUAAGGCCGGUGCAGAAGCUUGUAGAAGCAACAGCUCUCUCCAGGAGGAGUUUUUCUGUUGAUACUUUUUCCAGAGCCUGACACAGUUUGUGUUCCCUUUACCAUGUCUAGACAUCUGCACCACUCCCCGUUUUAAAUUCACCACACAGCACGUGUGGCCUUUUGUUUUGUCCCUCGACUGCACACAGUGGCUGCUGCAUUUAUGUAUGAGUACGCAAGGGCAGGUGUGAAAGGCUUGAUUGUGUAAGUUGAAUCUGAGGAUUUCGCACGAGGGAGAAGCCCCGCACAAGUUUUAUGGCUCACUGGGGACCUCCAAGAGGAAAUGAAUCUAGUUAUGUAAGCUGUCGCCAAGCUGUAACUGUGGGUCAUUUAAAUUCUAGCUGGAGUGAGAAGUUAUGUGAAGCCAUGCUCUCUGUCUAAUUAUAGUGAAGCUUGUCUGUAUCUAGGGCAUUAAAAUACUCACUUAUUCACCAUUUUGUCUGAACAAACCAUUUCUGGGACUUGGACGGAUGCUCACGCCACGUCCUCUGUGAUACGUAAUGUUACACAGCCUCCAGAAACACCUUCAAUGUACAGUAUAACUUACAGCAGAUAUGUUGUCUCUGGACUCUGCAAAACUGUGAUUUUUGAUCAUCUCUGUUGAGAAUUUCCCAACAUUUCCUGCUGUAUCGACUAACAUGAGUGCAGAAAAAAGACCAAACAGGAACUUGCAUUUGUUGAUAUGUGCGGGACAAACGGACUUGCGUGCUGACACGUGGGAGCGCUUUAUGGACAGCGACAUAAUGGCCGACUUAACUGGUGGCUGCAGGCAAAUACAUAAGCAGAGUUUGGCACUUUACCUCAAGCAGAGGACACUCGCGGGACUCAUGUAUAACCUUCAUGUGCACUCUAUCUCCAGACUGUUGUGCUGUCAGUUGUCUUGCAGGCUAUAUUUACAUGCUCUCUGUACCUGAGAAAUAUGAGAUGUAGCUCAAUUGUCAAUAUGUGCACCUGUUGUAGUAGCAACUGGCUGCCUGGUUUACCUGCCAUGGUUUGCAUGUCAACAUGUUAAUA